AUGGCACAGACUCCAGAGAACAAGGCCGCCUGGCUAUCCGGCUCCAAAGUUACGCCGCUUGAGGUCGGCCCCGCGCCAUACACACAACCCGGACCUCACCAGAUCGUGGGUAAGGGACUGGAAAAGAUCCAGGAGGCAUUUGGAAUUCACAUGCAGGCUGUUUCAGCGAAGAAGAUUGUUGUGUCGCUAUAG